GAACCGGAGCGACGGAACCGGCCCGGCCCGAGCGGAACCGGCCCGAGCGGAACCCGAGUGAGCGGAACCGGCCCGGCCCAGCCCGAGGGGAACCCGAGUGAGCGGAACCGGCGUGAGCGGAACCGGCCCGGCCCGAAGGGAAGCCGAGUGACCGGAACCGGGCCAGACUGAGUGGAACCGGCGUGAGCCGAACCGGCCCGGCCCGAGCGGCUGCCGGGCCAGCGGCUGUUUUGCUGCCAUGAAUCCGAGCCGGCCGUGAUUCCCGGGCGGAAUGGCCGCGGAGGAAGCCAAGUACAGCAUCCUGCGGGAGGUGGGCCGGGGCAGUUACGGGGUGGUUUACGAGGCCGUGGCCAACCGGACCAAGCGGCGAGUGGCCGUCAAGAGGAUGCCCUGCAAGGUCCCCGAGAACGUGGAGCUGGCGCUGCAGGAGCUCUGGGCCCUGCAGAGCGUCCGGCGGCAGCACCGGAACGUGAUCCAGCUGGAGGAGUGCAUCCUGCAGCACGGCCGCCUCUUCCAGCCCCUGGAGGGCCGCGGCUCCGGCAGCCCCCCGCUGCUGGUGGAGACGUGCCUGAAGGGCCGCAGCUGCGUGGCGCCGCGCUCGGCCUGCUCGCUGUGGUUCGUGACGGAGUUCUGCGCGGGCGGCACCAUGAACGAGUUCCUGCUGGCGCGCGGCCCCGACCCGCGCCUCAACGGCAGCUUCAUGCGGCAGCUCAGCGGCGCCGUGGCCUUCCUGCACCGCAACCGCAUCGUGCACCGCGACCUCAAGGCCGACAACGUCCUGGUGGCGCACGGCCGCGCCGGGCCCGUGGUCAAGGUGGCGGAUUUCGGGCUGAGCAAGGUGUGCGGGGGCCGGGCCGGCGCGGGCCAGCUGUGCCUGUCCUCGGCCUGCGGCUCCAGCUUCUACAUGGCGCCCGAGGUGCGCGAGGGCCGCUACACGGCCAAGGCCGACGUCUUCGCCCUCGGCGUCAUCUUCUGGGCCAUGGCGGAGCGCAUCACCUUCCGCGACGGCGACUCCCACAAGGAGCUGCUGGGAACUUACAUCUGCCAAGGCGAGGAGCUGAUCCCGCUGGGAGAGGCCCUGCUGGAAAAUCCCAAGCUGCAGCUCCAGAUCCCUCUGAAGAACAAGGAAUCCGUGCCCGAGGACCUCUGCCAGCUCCUGCGCCACAUGCUGGCCUCCGACCCCAGGGAAAGGCUGGACGCUUUCCAGCUGGAAGCGCGGAUCCGACGGAUUUCCUACGGGAGGAAGCGCCAGCGCUCCGGCUCCUAGAGCGGGAGGGCUCGGUCCCCGGCUCCGCCCGUUCUGGAGGUGCCCCCCGGCAUUCCGCGCGUUUUUCCUCCGGGAAAUUCCCGUUUCUCUUCCCGUCCCGUUCCCCCCCGUGUUUAUUCCUCCGGUCGCUUCCAGCGGGAAACUCCCCAAAACCAUUGGGAUUUUAUCCCGAUCCCGACGGUGCCGCUCCUCCGCGUCCGUUCCUGCCGGGGCUCGCGCUUUCUCAAUCCCCUCGCUGAAAUUCCGGGUUUUUCCUUCUCGGGGCCCCGCUCGUCCCGUCGGUGAAAAAACCCCCGGGAGAAUCCCCUGGGAAGGGAAUUGCAGCCCGGGAAUCGCCCGCGACAGGAUUCGCCGGGGGCUGCGCAAUCCCAAUUUUUCGGGGUUUAAUUGGGGUUUUUUGGUGUUUAA